CACCGUUGCACCACUAGUCCGGCCGUUUCCACCCCAACCACUUGCCCCCGCAGACCCAGCCCGGAGAGGAGGGGCCACGUUUAUGUCAACUUCCCACCGCACCCGCAGCGCACCGCAGAAGCCACCGCGAAAUCCACGAGGCCCCCGUUUCCCAGCUGCCUCCUCGCCCAAGCCUCGCCCAGUAUAUAACCUCCGCGGCCAUUCCUCCGUCUCUUCCGUGCCACCCGAAGCGCACGACGCAGCGCGCAUCCCCCAUAGCCACUGCUCCUCCUAGCUUGCUUCUUCCCCGGCGACAGAGGAGGAAUAUAUCGAUCGAUCGAGAUGUCGAAGUACGUGGAGCUGCUGGACAUGGGCGUGCGCAUCGCCGCCAGGUUCCACUCCCACUGCCCGCAGACGGCGCGCAUGUACUACAAGCCGCCGCAGUCCGCCUCCACGUCGGGCGCCGCCGAGGCCGCGCCGACGGAUCGGACGAAGGCGGCCGGCUUUGGCGGCGGCGAGGACGUGGCUGCUGGCUUCCGGCCCUUCGCCGCGUCGGGAGCUCUCGGCGCCGGCGUCGUCCAGCCGCGGUUCGGCUUCGACACCGCGCAGGUCCUCAUCUACGAGGUCGUAUGAGUCGAGGGAUUGAAAUGAACAACGGCGAGGACUUCUAAAAGGAGAGAGAUCUCUUUGAUGAGAUUUUUUUGGCGGCCAAUGAGUUGAUUGAUCAUUCUUUUGUUAGUUUGUGACCGUGCUGGAAUUGAUCAAAUACAGAAUUUUCGUUCCUGAUUACUACUUAUAUUAAUUUGUGCAUUUGUCAUAUCUAACAUAUAAAGACUGCUAGAGUACCCG